AUGCUGGCAAUUGAGAAUGCAAAAGCCACUUUACUGAAGAGCAGCACAACAUCUGGCCUGAACUUAUAUGAUCAUCUUGCUAAUGUGCUUACAAACAUCCUGGAUGAACAGCCCAAAAAUGCAGUAGACAUAACUGAGAAUAUCAGCAAGGAUGUGAAAUGGGCUCACUUUCAGAAAAAAAUGGACACUCUUCAAGAUGAACAUGAGAUUCUUCCAACAUUUGAAGCUGCAGAAAAGCAUAAAGCUUUGUUCCUCAAGGCAAAUGGGGAAGGAGAUGAAGCACUAGAAGAAGAGAUAGGAGAGACCCCUCUACCUAAUGUGAUGGAAACAGACUUUUAUUUUGAACAGGCUGGUAUUGGCCUGAGCAAAGACGAAUCCUAUCACAUAUUCCUUGCCCUUAAAAAACUAAUUAGUGUUCAGCCAAUCCAAAGCUGUCGCUUCUGGGGCAAAAUUUUGGGCCUGGAGAUGAACUAUAUUAUAGCUGAAGUGCAGUAUCAUGAAGGGGAAGAGGAAGAGGAAACAGAAGAGGAAGAAGUUACUGAGGAGGGAGGGAAAGAGACAGGUGAGGUUGAAGAUGAAGAUGAGGAGAAUGAAAAAGAAGACAAACCACCAAAGUCCACCUAUAAGCCCCCACCUGUCAUCCCAAAAGAAGAAAAUGGGACUGGGGCUAAUAAAUAUGUCUAUUUUGUCUGUAAUGAGCCAGGCAAACCCUGGGUAAACUUGCCUCCAGUGAUGCCAGCUCAGAUUGUCUGUGCCAGGAAAAUCAAGAAGUUCUUCACUGGUAGGCUGGAUGCUCCUGUUGUGAGCUUUUCUCCUUUCCCUGGAAAUAAGGCCAAUUACCUGCAUGCGCAGAUAGCUCAGAUCUCAGCAGGAACCCAGAUCUCUCCCAUUGGAUUUUACCAGUUUGCAGAGGAGGAAGGAGAGGAAGAGGAGGAGGAGGGAGGAGAAAGAGACACAUAUGAAGAAUACUCUGAUUUUCAGCCUCUUCAUGUGACUGAAAUGGUGGAUUCUCUCUCCACAUAGGUACACCACAUACAGGGUAUUCUAAAGCAGGGUCGCUAUGUUUGGCUUAAUCCUUUUCAAAAAUCAGAGGAGGAAGAAGAAGAAGAAUAGGAAGAGAAAGCAGAGGAUCCAGAUGACCUACAGCAAGAAAUAGGACCUCCUCUUCUCACUCCACUCUCUGAAGACCAGGAAUUCAAAAACAUCCCUGCCUGGACAGCUCAGCCUUCUACAAACCUGAUCCCGCAACACGCUGUUGCAGUCCUCCAGUCUAACCAAUGGCCCAGAGCGUAUGCCUUUGCAUCUGGCAGGAAGUUUGAUAACAUCCACUUUGGGUGGGGUCACAAAUACAGUCCAGAGAACCACACUCCCACACGGCCUCCACCAGCGCAAGCAGAAUGCCUCAGCGAGCCAGACAUCACUGAGAAGAAGGACCCCUCUCUGGAGGAGGAUCUGUCUUUCAAGGCUGUGAAGGAAGCAGCCUUAGCUGCAGCUUAGGAAGAUGAGAAAGAUGAUGAGGAGGAUGAAGAGGAGGAGGAGGAUUAA